AUGGGUGAACAGACAUUUAAUAUCGAGGAUAAUAAUCUAGAGCAACACAUAGUAACGUUGUUUGAAAAGCUAGAGUGUUUGCGUAGGGACGCGAGUCCAAGUAGUGAUGUGCUGGGGAAGGUGCCCGCCAGGCUUGAGGUGCGGACUCUAUCGCUGUGGAAGGCGGUGGUGGCGGAGUGCGCCGCCUCGUUCCUGUACGUGUUCAUAGUGUGCGGAGCGGCAGGCGGCGCGGGAGUCGGGGCCUCCGCGUCGGCCGUGCUGCUGUCCACCGCCCUCGCGUCCGGCUGCGCCAUCGCAACCCUGACUCUAUGCUUCGCUCACAUCUCUGGUGCACACGUGAACCCGGCGGUGUCGGUGGCGCUGUGUGUGCGGCGCCGCGUGUCUCCGCUCCGCGCCGCGCUCUACGUCGCCGCGCAAUGCGGAGGCGCUAUCGCGGGAGCCGCAGCGAUUUAUGGGUGA